GGCUCUGAGCUGUCCGGCUGGGCACUGGGCCGAUGGACGUACGAAGGCUUUGAUCUCAACCACAACUUUGCCGAUCUCAACACGGACCUUUGGGACGCCGAGGACCUCCAGCUGGUCCCCCACCAGUUCCCCAACCACUACAUCCCCAUCCCGGAGGCGUACACCUUCCCCAACGCCACGGUUGCCCCAGAAACGCGGGCGGUUAUCAGCUGGAUGCAGCGCUACCCCUUCGUGCUGAGCGCCAACCUGCACGGAGGGGAGCUGGUGGUGACCUACCCCUUCGACAUGACCCGCACCUACUGGAAAGCCCAGGAGUUGACCCCCACCGCCGACGACGCCGUCUUCCGAUGGCUGGCCACCGUCUACGCCACCUCCAACCUGGUGAUGGUGGAUGACGAACGGCGGAUGUGCCACUACGAGGACUUCAUGCAGGAGGGCAACAUCAUCAACGGAGCCAACUGGCACACGGUGCCGGGAA